AUGACGACCACUCAGCCUCGCAAGCGGCCACGCCUUUCUGGAGACGCGGAGGACACUGGUGGCACGAGCGACCUGGAGAGAGCGGAGACGGGAAGAGUGAGGGAUGCAGAGUUCUGGUUCGAGGAUGGGAGCAUCGUGCUCAUUGUAGGGGGCGUUGAGUUUCGGGUCUACAAGGGUAUCCUCGCGAACGCGUCGCAAGUGUUCGAAGACAUGUUCGCCCUCCCCGCACCCCCUCCGUCUUCUACCACCACCGUCUACGGCUGUCCCGUCGUCGAGCUGCAUGACUCUGCCGACGAUGUGGUUCGGAUCCUCCGACUGGUUAUGCCGAAGCACUGGUACGUCUUCUCAUUUUCGGCGUUCCUCCCCCUCUCAGUGCAUCCCUGUCCUAGUUCCUACGUCCUCGAAGAUCUCGACAUGCAGGACAUCAGCGCGGGCAUCCGGCUUGGCCACAAGUACCAGAUGACCGUGCUCGCAAAUAACCUCGUCUCGCGCCUUGGCCAGUACUACACGCGGCACUGGUCGGUGUGGAGCUCCCCUCAAAGACAAGCAUAUCCCGAACGCCUCAGAGGCUCUGCCGCAAUCGCCGUCGUCAACCUCGCGGGUCUCACUGGGGACACUUGGAUGCUUCCCGCAGCGUUCAUGGAAUGCCUCCGGCUCCCGACGGAGGAACUUCUCGCUGGCUUCACGCGCGGUGACGGCACGGUGGAACAUCUAUCCCCGGAGGACCUCGCAUCGUGCGUUGGCGGCCGAUCGCACCUCCUGGUGUUCGAGACGGCAUUCUACGGGUGCAUCUUGGACAAGUCCUGCUCCCUCCUCUGCACGCGCCGCAUUUUUGAUGAAUGCACCACCGCGUUGCGCGGGAAGCGAGAUGACCUGCAGGGGCUCUCCCAGCACCUUGUUGCCCUUCGAGAUCCCACCGAGCCGAGGGAGGCCCUUCUCGCCUGGGCCGACCGUGAGCUUUGCUCGAGCUGCAUCGACGAGGUACGAAGGGUGAGGGUGCGACGAAAGCAAGCACGCGGGCGUCUGCGUAUCGGCGCAGCAGCAAGGGUGAAAGACGACGAGUUCUGGUACGAGGACGGGAGCAUCACCUUGGUGGCAGAAGCCGUCGAGUUCCGAGUCUACAAAGGGGUCCUCGCCAAUGCGUCCCCCGUCUUCAAAGAUAUGUUCUCCCUCCCUGCGAUCCCCUCCUCUCCCGACACUACCAAUAUUGUCGCACUCCAAGACUCUGCGGACGAUGUUCGGCGAAUGCUCCGGUUGGUGCUCCCGAAAGACUGCGUACACAUCGCUGGACCGUUGGAGAUGUGGGACAUCAGCGCUGGCAUACGCCUGGGCCACAAGUACGAGAUGAAGACGCUCGUCGCCCACCUCACCAAGCGCCUCGGCGAGUACUACACUUCUUCCUGGACCGUCUGGUGCUCGCCCUCGAGGGAGAAAGUGCCGAGAAGCUUCAAGGGCACCGCGGCCAUCGCCGUGAUGAACAUCGCGAGACUCACGGGCGCAAACUGGCUGCUUCCCGCCGCGUUCCUGGAGUGCUGCCUCCUCCCUCCGCGGGAGCUCCUCGCGGGUUUCGAGCGCAGCGACGGCGCGAUGGAGCGUCUCUCGACCGAAGACCUCGCGACGUGCCUCGAAGCCAAGCUGGAGUUGAUGAAGGCUGAGGGCGAUGCCGCAACGUCGCUCUGUGGCCCCGGUCCGGACUGCCCUGACCGCCCGGAAUGCAGGUCGGAGCUCUACGACCGGGCAGAGUUCGUCAUCAACGACGUGCUAUACCAUCUGAAUCCUACCACGCCGAGGUCGGACUGGAUCAACAGCUUCAAAGGUUGCCUCUGUCGUUCGUGCCGAGCAUCGCUGUCGAAGAGGGACGUCGCGGCUAGCAUGGACUUGUUCCAUCGGCUUCCUGGGUUCUUUGGCAUUGUGGUCGCCAACUGGGGAGUGGAAGGUGCCCCCGCUGCUGACAUCUGA